AUGGUAUCUGAAAAAAAAGCAUGUCUGCAUGUCCACUCGGCUAAGAGUAGACCACCCCUCGGACCCACAGUGGUUCCGGCCACUGUGGUAACGACUCGGCAUUGGCCCUGGCUAGGCAGUGCUGAGAGUGGGAGCAAAGCAGCUAACACAGCAAUAAAACAGCCUCAGUACCCCGCACACUGGGCCCAGCCGUCUCCGGCGUCGGACGGUAUGGCGACCGGUGAGAGGCGAAGAAAUCUCGGGUUGCGCAGGACGCCUUGGAUUAUGGACUAUGAGAGCACUUCCCCUACACGACAUGGAGACUGCUUCUUACUCCACACUUACAACGCGAGAACAGUUUCUUCCAAUGCCGCUCUCCAAGAGCUACUCGAGGCGAUCAACCACAUCAAGUACCACGUGAUUGCCCUGCAAGAAACCAAGAGCAGGAAGACUGACGUGCGACGAAUGAAUGACGGAACCCUUAUCAUCCGAGGUGAGAAGUUUCCAUCGCGAAACGUCGGCGGCGUUGGCUUUGUCGUACAUCCAUCUAUCGCGAAAGGAGCGAAGCAAGUUGCUUACGACGGCGAAGCUCUGAACGACGCAUUGUCCAGCUAUGACUGGCAAGUCAUGGAGGAUCCGACCGAAGACUACGACGCUCUGCUUUGCGGACUCAUCGCUUGUGCUGAACGGGCUAAGCUUCCUCGAUUUGAUAACUCUCAUCGCAUUUCCGAUGCGACAAAAGAUCUACUCAAAACAAGAAGAAAGCUAAGGCUUGAUCCAAACGCAACACACCUUGAAAGGCUGCAAGCGAACAUCAGCUGCAGGCGUGCGAUGCAAAAGGAUCUUCAGCAGUACAGGCAGCAGAGGCAACUAGAGGCAGCGCUGAACAGAACUAGUCUGAGGAAAUGCAGACGGGAUCUACAAGACCAUACUACACCCCUCGCAUGUCUAAAAAGAGAAGACGGAACCCUCACAACGUCCCGAACGGGCUCGUCCGAUCGUUCACCGUGUCUUGGAAUGGGAUGGCAUGACUCGAAGGGCCAGAAUGCUCAACAGGACAAGAGCGCGUCACACAUAACAUCAACAUACCAUAACAAUCUCCCAAUUAUUUUG